GACUUUCCUCGCGAGAUGACAGCAAUGGGAUGUCUCUUCCUUGCGGGAAAAGUAUCUGAAACUCCGAAGAAGUGUAAAGAUAUCGUGACCGCUGCGCAGAACGUAUUCCCAAGCGUAUAUGGUCAUAAAAAUCGGAAUGCUUUUGUCGUUAUUGCUGUUGCUCUUUUACAUCUUUCAAUUACUGUGCGAAAGGUUAUUGCUGUUGCUCUUUUACAUCUUUCAAUUACUGUGCGAAAGGUGCUGGAUUUCUACUCCAUUUCCAAGGAAGAGAAGAUGGAUUUCAUGCCUCCUCGACCAUUUAUCCUUGGUCAAACGCCUGUAUUGCCCCCAACAGCGGCUUCUGGUCACCACCAUGACAGUUGA